AUGCCUUCCCGAGAGGGAAAACCGCCCCGCCUGCGCUGCGCCCGACACAGUCGGGUGGAUUUUCAGGUUAAGCCUUAUGCAAAAUGGACCCGGGAAACACAGUCGUUUGUAACUCAAAUGUACUUCACCAUAAACUACUCUUCUUGGAGGAAAACAGGUUGCUUUGGAGCGACCCAGAGACAAUGGGGUACCAACGGUCAGAGGACAGGCACAGGCCCCCAGCGUGAGCGUGCUGCGGAGAGAAAACCAAGCUCUACCAAGGAAUCUCUGUCAUUGCAAAAUACAAAAUUGAUUUCACUGGGAGUCAUUUCACAGAUGAUUGAUGAGAAUAAAUCCAAUGAAAAUUGGUCUGCUUUGCCUAUGCAAUCCAUGACCCCCCAGCCCAGUGCUUGUCACACUAAGCAAUCUUCGGCUAACUGUCGUUCGGUCAACAUCAAUAGAGCGUUUACUGUACUUCCCAGUAAAUUAGAAAUUCAGACAUCUUUAGAUGACACCAUGUCUCCGUUGGACUCUCCCAUCACAGAGGAAAAAGAGCGUCAAAAACAGCAGAAAGGGUUUGCCUCCAUAACUAUUACAGCCAGGCGUGUUGCUGUGUGCUCCAGAGACCCAGCACGUGGAGCUGGGGCUGUGCAAGAGCCCAACGCCGUGUCCCCCGCCUCGAGCAAAGUCCCUGCUGCCCUUCGUCGCCGGCUUCCUCCAGGCCACACAAACCAAAAUGCCUCUCCAUUAAAGACUUCUGAAUCUUGCUCACAAUUAUGUGAAGAGGCACAAAAGUGGCUUUUUGACCUUGGAAACAAGGAGAAUGGUGCUGGUCUUCAAGGUGGUGAUGGGAGAGAGAGAGUACCACCUUCGUUCAUCUCAUGUGUCCACCUUCAGGUUUCUCAGCAGUGUCCAAAUACCAUCUAUUACUUAGACAAGUCUCUCAAUGUGUGCCUUGACCAACCUCGAAUUAAAUGCCAAAAAAUUCUCAGAUCAGUGUUGUCCUUCAAUAUAAAUUGCAGUUCGUCUAGAUUAACAGCAGAUGGAGUAGAUGGCAUAGCUAAUGGAGAGUCCAUAGAGGAGAUAUUUCAAACAAAGCUUCUAGGAGAAAACAAGACUCCACUCAGAUUAAACUUGAGUGCAGACUUAACAGAAAAUCAUGUAAUUAAUAGAAAGAAAACAAGCAAAGGCUGUUUUGGUAGUAAAUACCCUUGGCAAAGUGUCUUUGUCUCUGAACUUCCAGCAUUUGUGGAUAUACCCAGAGGACCUACUAACAUGGUAACAACAAGGAAAGAUGACGAUAAGCAGUCUGGCAGCUAUCACACUACGGUUUCUCUCCAGCUUCAUAAUUCAAGUGAUGAGGCAGGAACACAAAUGCUGUCGGGAAGUCAGAAGAAGCAAUGCACCAUGGGCAGCUCAACAGCCUCUGACUCUCUUCCAGAUACGGCAUCCAGAAAGGUGGUCGCUGCUGCUACCAAUGUCUCAUCAAAAAAGAGAGAACCCUCCAAAAGCGCCUCUGAAUCCAAAGAGAUCCAAGCACAGGGCAUCCUGAAACCAAAAAUGUCUGUCUCUGAUAGUAUGUGCAAUAUAACAGCUUCAUCAAGAAUCCUCUCAGAAGAAAACGUUCACAGGCAAAACCAGCUCCUAAAAAGUGAUUAUGAAUUCUGUGGUUCAAGUGACAAAAUAAAGGAGCACAAGGAGGAGGACGAGUGGGAGCGAGCCAGCAGGGUAACACUAUCCACGGCUCGCUCGCCAGAUGUUCCUCAUGAGAAAAACGACACACUCUCCCAGCCAGAAACCACCUCCGAGCCUGAGAAAACUCCACCAGCCCCACUGACACUGCGGGAAGCCCUAGAACUCCAUAAGCCUCAGUUCAUUUCUCGUUCACAAGAAAGGCUGAAGAGACUCGAACAUAUGGUCCAGCUGAGGAAAGCCCAGCAGAGUGAUACUCCCACAAGCACCCAAGGAACGCUUGUUGUUCGCAAGCUUUCCUCAACAUCCACUUCCAGCAAAAAGAAGCAGUACACCAUUCCUCACCCACUCAGUGAUAACCUCUUCAAACCAAAGGAAAGAUUCAUUCCGGAGAAGGAGAUGCAUAUGAGAUCGAAAAGGAUUUAUGACAAUUUACCUGAAGUAAAAAAGAAACAAGAAGAAAAACAGAAACGGACCAUCAUCCAGAGUAACAGACUGCGUGUUGAGAUGUUUAAAAAGCAAUUACUGGACCAGCUCCUUCAAAGAAACACAGAGUGACAAAGGAUACUCUUGCCCAUCAUCCCAAUUGGAUCUUGAAUGCCUCUGACUUCUAGAUAAGCCAUAAAAUUUACUAUUAUCUCAAUUACCUGGAGCUAUUUUUCUUAUCUCUGGUUCUUUAUAUAAAGAAAGAUCAUUUAUAUUUGAAUUGAAGUUUUAAGGCAACUCUCAAGUAAUCAGAAACAGUCUAAAAGGGAAGACAGCUAUUUCAGAGCAUCACCUUUUGGUCAGUUUACCCAGAGGAAAUAAUUUUAAGAAGUUUUAAUACAAAUGCUGAAUUACAGUGUUGUUAUUUAUCUUAAUAUUUUCUGAAGUGUACAUCUCUGUAGCAAUAGAACUGGAUUUAUAAGACCUGGAAAAUGUCUUAAAUGCUCUGGAGCAUUCUAUUAAUUGAUUCCCUGUGAGUUAAAUUCUUGAAGUAAAGAAAAAUGAAUAUUAUUAUUUGUUAUGUUUAGAAACUAGCUGAAAUAGCAUUACCACAUAAUCAUAGCAGCAGCAGUUUCACAUUAAUGCUUAACCUACCAAAAGGGACCAAUAGUUCAGCUCUCUGAAGAACUCUAUUCCUGUUUAUAUAGUGAAUCCACAUAGCAAGCUUACCUGUUAAAAAGCAAUAUUUCAAAAUUUGAUUAUAACACUGUUUUUUGUGUUUUUCUCUGUAAUAUAUAUUUUACUCCACUUCUGUGAGCAUUAAGUAUUUAUAGCAAUGGCUUAUUAAGAAGUGGUGCCAAGAAGGAUGUUUGCAUCAACACUGAGAAACUAAAACCAUCUGUAACGUUUCCUCCAAAAAUAUUUAAAUCUUUAUUUGUACAUUUUGGAAGUGAAAACAACCAGCAUACAAACCAAUGGAGUUUAUUUAUGGAAUAAAAUAUGAAU